CGACAAAACAAGCGUUACUGAAUGAAGUGAGUAAUGAGGCGGUGUAACGUAUUUGUUUAUUUCAUUUAAUUUUAUUUUUCACAAUGAAAUACAUCUAAAUUGAAGCAAUAAUUUACCUAGUACGAUUUAAGAUUUUCUGUGUGAAGUGCUCGUGUACAUUUUGUGUAAUAAAAAAAGAAAAACAAGAGUUUCCAUGGGCGUUAACUUCAGGAGAUAAUCAUAUAAUAUAAGACUGAACUAUGAAUCUCAUACUUAUAACAUGGAUAAGUUACACAGCACUCUACCAUUUAAGUUCAGCACAGGAUUAUGCUUCUCCCACCUACAAUCCAGACCAAACUCCCACAAAUGACUUGAAUGAGUUAAACAGAAGACAACAAGACCGCAACCCUUAUGAGAAUCGUAACCCAUAUGACCAGAGGUACAGUCAGGAGCGGGACCCUUACGGGAGAAAUGAGUAUGCUCCAGAUAAUUUGAGGCCUGCAUGGGAUAGAGGGUCGAAUUACGGUGGUUCGUUCAAAACACCAGCUUUGGAGCAUGAGAACCUUAUUAUCAAUGAAGCCACAUAUUUCAUCGUGGCCUCCAAGAUGGUGCGGCCAGGUCAGAUCUACAAGAUAUCGGCCAGCAUCCUCAAGGCUCGUCUGCAGAUGACCAUCAGGGCAUCCAUCUCCAGGGAUGGAGUGGAGAUAGCUGAUGUUCUGCAACGGGUCAAGGAAGGAGUGCCGGAGAUACUCAACAUGAGGAUACCGGCAACCUCGGUGCCCGGCGACUACAAGCUUCGCGUGGAAGGCCUAUACAUGGACACGCCGUUUGGAGGCCGGGCGUUCCACAACGAGACCCAGCUGGUGUUCUCCAAGCGGUUCAUGACCAUAUUCAUACAGAUGGACAAGCCUGUUUAUAUGCAGGGGCAGACUGUUCGAUUCCGCGCCAUUCCCAUAAACACCGAGUUGAAGGCGUUCGGGCGGGCCAUAGACGUGUUCAUAUUGGACCCGAAUCGUCGCAUCAUGAAGAGGUGGCUCUCCAGACAGAGUAAUUUCGGUACAGUCAGCCUGCAGUAUCAGAUCUCGGACCAGCCUUUGUUCGGGGAGUGGCACAUCCGGGUGGAGGCCCUUGGACAAGUGGAGGAGACCUCGUUCCUGGUCGAGGAGUACUAUCAGACCAGGUUUGAGGUGAACGUGACGAUGCCGGCGUUCUUCUUCAACACGGAGCCCUACAUCCACGGCCGCAUCAUGGCCAACUACACCUCGGGAGCCCCCGUACGUGGAAACUUGACCCUGAAGGCUACGAUCAGACCGAUACCGCAUUACAGGCCGGAGUAUUACCAGCAAGGGCAGUUCAACAAUCAAGGACAAUAUGGGAUGCAGCCGGGAUACGCAACGUCUCAAUAUGGCAGAGUGCGUCCGAACGCGAAUCCGUACCUAUACAACGAGUCGACCGCGUACGGUCAGUCCGAGCCGUACGGGCAGACGGACGAGUUGGGCCGCCCCCGCGUCCGGGCCGGACAGCCCAACCAGCUGGAGCAGCCCGGCUGGUGGUACGACCCGCAGGCGGUCCGCACCAGGCUGUUCAACUUCGACGAGAAAUACCCGUUCUGGAUGCCCAAACCGGACCCGACUCAGUUCGCGACGUACGGACAAACAUACGGACAGACGGCGGAUUCCAACUACAACACGUACAAUUCUUACAGCGGAUAUUACACACAUGCUAACGAUCAACUGCCGUAUUUGAGAUUCUUCAACGGCACAUACGACUUUAAAUACCCCAUGUCGGAGUUGGCCCAGCUGGUGCCAGUUCUGGACGGCGUGGAAGUGAUAAUCACGGCGUCUGUGGGAGACCCGUUCCUCGACGAGGUGAUAGAGGGCUACAGUAUCGCGAGGAUCUACAACUCAUCGCUGGCCAUCAACUUUUUGGGAGGCUCCCCGCAGGUCUUCAAGCCUCAUAUGCCGUUUGAUAUUUAUAUGGUGGUGUCUUACCACGACGGGUCGCCGCUGCCCGCGUGGAUGUCGCGCAGCGUGGCGGUGUCGCUGGCGCUGCAGGUGGAGGGCCGCGGCGGAGCCCUGGAGCCCCAGCGGCCCACGCUGGUGCCCGGCCACGACGCAGUGUGGCACGUGCGCCUCGACCUCUACAAGCUGAUGAAACUGGAACACGACGCGAACUACCGCGAGACUCUGAGCGGCGUGACGGGCGUCCGGCUGAACGCGCAGCUGACGGACGGAAGCGGGAACCGCGCCAGCGCCGACAUGCGGCUGGUGGCGCACCACAGCCCCACGCACCAGCACAUCCGCAUCUCCACCUCCACCACUGAUGCCAGGGUUGGUGAAUAUGUGAUUUUCCACGUGCAAAGCAACUUCUACAUGGAGUCGUUCAACUACGUGGUAUUAUCUAAAGGCAUUAUACUGACCAGUGCUCAAGAGAUCAUGCCCGAGGGGGGGGUGCGCACGUUCGCCGUGUCGCUGUCGGCGGAGAUGGCGCCCGUGGCCACGCUGCUGGCGUGGGGCUCCGCGCGCGGCGGCCACGUGCUGGCCGACUCGCUCACCUUCCCCGUCAACGGCAUAUCCAGGAACAAUUUCACAGUGGUCAUCAACAACCGUAAACACCGAACAGGGGAGCGGGUUGAGGUGUCCAUUUACGGCGAGCCCGGGGCCUACGUAGGCCUGUCCGGGAUCGACAACGCUUUCUAUACGAUGCAAGCCGGGAACGAACUUACGUACGCUAAGUUGAUAUCCAAGAUGUCGUACUUCGACGAGGCGACGAACGGGACGUUCGCAUACACGUGGCGGACUCACGCCGGCGACGCCGACGAGCUGGUAUACUUCCCCUCCUCCACCUACGGCAUCGACGCUAACAGAACAUUCGAAUACGCCGGUCUGGUAGUGUUCUCGGACGUGGAAGUGAGCCGUCGUCCAAGUAACUGCAACGCUACGGCUGGCUUCCUAGAAUGUUUGGAGGGCGGCGCGUGCUAUACGCACGAACAACGCUGCGACGGCAACGCCGACUGUAUUGACAGGACGGACGAGGCUAACUGCGAACACGACAGCUCGUUCGAGCUGAGCCACUUCCGCAAGUUCCGCUUCAACCGCGUGCGCAGGCAGUACGACAACGCGUGGCUGUGGCGGGACGUGAACGUGGGGCCGCACGGCCGCUACGUGUUCACCGUCGACGUGCCGCAGGUUCCCGCUCACUGGACGGUGUCAGCGUUCAGUAUGUCGCCAACACUCGGUGUCGGAAUGCUUCACAACCCUUUGCAUUACGUGGGCGUGCUGCCGUUCUUCAUGAAAGUGGAGGGGCCGGAGCGCUGCCGGCAGGGCGAGCAGGUGGGCGUGCGCGUGGUGGUGUUCAACUACCAGCCGCGCGCCGUGGAGGCCGUCGUGGUGCUGGAGGCCUCGCCGCACUACCAGUUCGUGCACGUCGAGGAGAACGGCAUCGUGGUGUCCUACAACCCGCGCACUUCAUUCGGCGAGCACCAGUUCUUCGUGUACAUCCCUGCUGGAGAAGCCACCACGGUCCACGUUCCCGUGGUCAGCACCAGGCUCGGAGACAUGUAUGUUCAACUACACGCUGCUACGCUUCAAGGGACUCAUCGUGCUACAAAGAAGAUUACUGUUGAGGCCGACGGCAUCCCCCAAUACCGCCACCAGUCAGUACUUCUCGACCUUUCGAACCGAGCGUACGUCUUCCAAUACAUGCACGUGAACGUCACGGAAACUCCUAUAAUACCUUACGGAGAAGACCGCUACUACGUGUUCGGAUCGAAUAAAGCGAGAGUUUCGGUGGUAGGGGACGUGGUCGGAGCGUUGUUCCCUACCAUGCCGGUGAAUGCGACCAGCUUACUGGACCUGCCUAUGGACUCGGCCGAACAGAACAUGUUCAGUUUCGCCAUAAACAUGUACCAAACAUUGUACAUGCGCCUCAUCAACCAACGGAACAGAACCUUAGAGAAGGAGGCGUUCUACUACAUGAACGUGCUGUACCAGAGACAACUGUCGUUCAUGAAGCCCGAUGGGAGUUUCAGCACGUUCAGGAGCGAUUGGAACCAAUCGGCGUCGAGCGUCUGGUUGACGUCAUUCUGCGCCAAGAUAUUCCAGGACGCGUCAUUCAACGAGUGGGAGAACUUCAUCUACAUAGAUCCUAAUGUGAUAUCGCAAGCCGUGUCGUGGGUGCUGCAGCAUCAGACGGCGCAGGGCGCGUUCUACGAGCCGGGGUGGCUGCCGGAUCGGAACUGCAACGACUCCAUCGCCGUGCCGCGCUCUCACCCGCUGUACCAUGACGCUAUAGCUAUGGGCGCUCAGGAGAUAAACGGGUCGGCUGUGAUGACAAGAAACAUCACGCUGACUGCACAAGUUGUUAUUACAUUGGAAACUGUGAAGAAUCUCAAAGAUAUCGGACUGAGAGAGGGUCUCAGCGCUCGAGUGGCGAUCGCCCAACAGCACGCCAUAGAGUUUCUAGAGCGGAAUCUACAGAUGCUGUUUGAUUUUGGAGAGCCUUAUGCCCUGGCUGUGGUGGCCUACGCUCUCACCUUCUCCAAGGCGCCCAGCUCCGAGCACGCUUACAGACUGUUGAAGCAGAAACAGAGAUCCGAAGGCGGCCUUGAAUACUGGGGCAAGGAGCCGGUGCCCCAGCCGCCGUACAAGAUGGAGAACCAGAAGCCGUUCCUGCUCCCCCGCCUGCCAUACAAAUAUGACUCCAACAACAUCGCGGCCACGGCGUACGCGCUGCUGGCCUGCAUGGACCAUCAGGACAACAACGAGGCCAUCGUCAUGUGGCUCAACUCGCAGAGGCUCAAGGAUGGCGGCUGGGCCUCUACUCAGGAUACUUACAUCGCGACGCGGGCCCUCAUCGAGUACACGAACCGCAAGCGGCUGCGCGACGUCAGCGCGCUGUCCGUCAGCGUGGCGGCCGUGGCGCUGCGCGGCGCCGCCCGCUCGCUGCGGCUGGACAACGACCGGCUGGCCACCAUGCACACCGUCGACAUACCUGAAGCGUGGGGCACAAUAAAGGUGACAGCACGCGGGGCAGGCUACGCCAUCUUGCAAUUAUCGGUCCAAUACAACGUAGACAUCGCCAAGUUCCAAACCCAACCGCCGGUGCCCGCCUUCUCUCUGCACACACAACCACUGCGGUACUACGGCAGGAACCAGUCGCACAUCGAGUUCCAGAGCUGUGCCAGUUGGACGCUGCUGUCGGAGUCCCCGCGCUCGGGCCUGGCGGUCCUAGACGUGGCCAUCCCGACGGGCUACAUGAUCCAGCAGCAGCGCCUCGACGCCUACGUGCUGUCGCGGCGCGUGCGCACCCUGCAGCGCGCCAAGUAUCUGCCCACCAAGAUACUGUUCUACUUUGACUACCUAAGCUCCGAGAAGACCUGCGUGAACUUCACCAUUGAGCGGUGGUUCCCCGUAGCCAACAUGUCUCGCUACUUGCCUGUCAGGGUGUAUGAUUACUAUGCACCAGAACGCUAUAACGAAUCGAUCUUCGACGCCCUGCCGACUUACCUACUGAACAUCUGCGAGGUUUGCGGCUCAUCCCAAUGUCCGUACUGCGCGAUAUACAACGCCGGUUUUCGCAGCACCGUCGCGUUGCCGCUGCUGUUGCUAGCCGUCGGUGUAACGCUCGCACGGUAUUUACGACCGACGCCCGAUGUAAACGUGCUGACGUAGUAGUAGGAGGGUAAGUGAUAAUAGCCACAGAUAUAAAUGUAGCUAGACCACGUAAGUGUUUGGCGUGGUGAUAUGUCGAUAGAUGAACCUCUUUUCGUAACUGUUUUUUUUUUGUUCUAUCCAUAUAAAAAUAUCAAAAAGGUUGGACGAAUUAAGGCAAAAAGUGUGAAGUUUUAAGAAGAAUAAACUUGAGACAUGCUCGCAAGCAUGUCAAGUUUAUACCAAGCGCUUGGUAUUCGUAUAGGUGAAUUUGUGGUGUCUAGUUGGAUCUAUGUCUGUGGAUGCUUUUUGGUUGACUUUAAGCGAGACAUUAUCAAUAGCUCUCUCAAAACUGAAAAGGAAUCUCAAAAUUGAUAAAAAAAAAAUUGCUAUGCAUGUACAUUUCUGAUAUAUGAACUCCAAGUGAUUCACCAAUAUUAUAAUUUUAUUUUAUUAUGUACGUAUAAGUCUCGUGGGUUAUUUUCGUACGAAAAUAUUAGGUCUGAAUUAUGUAAUUAAGAAAACAACAAAUAAAAUAUGUACGAGGCAAUGUAAAAAUUUAUAUUAUGUGUUAUGUUGUUACUAACCACCGUUUAGUAGUUAAUGAUUCUGCAUUUCACCUUUAUUUUACUAAUCUUAUGCUGUGUACAAAUUUUAUAAAUACUGAUUCUAUUUGAUCUGAUAAACGUCUUUAUAGAAAAUGAUUCGCCUCAACUAUAAAGUCUCAAAUUGUGCAAAAAAUAAUUUUGAAAUAGUGCUUCGAUAGUCUUAUUUAAGUCAAAUAGUUUUUGACAGUUGGUAUUUGUAAACUUUUCACUGAGACACAACACUGAAAUAUUCUUCAGAAUUAAUGAUCUGAUAAAUUUCCAUUUUACAAAAAUUUUCAUUGAUAUCCAAUCAAUUUAAUUUUAUCUUUCCAUUUAGUUUUUCUUUACAUAAAAGCAUUUAAAAUAAUUUAAAUUCUUAAUAUCCUAUUUUUACUUAUACUGUAAAUUUAGUUCCCAUUUUUCCAUUCCAGAUUAGUUUGUAGUAGUUCAUUACGUUUGGUCGUAGGUCUUACGAGUAUGUAUCAAAUAAAGGUAUAUACUGCUGUGGUAUCGUAACGAUCAAAAGUGAGUAUAAAAAUUUUAAAAAUGUUUGCCAUGGAAAAGUUAUAUAGAUUUUGAGACUUUUGCUCUUAAAUGUACUACAAUAAAGUGGUUUCCUUUCCAAAUUAUUUUCCCUUAGAUUAAAAAAAAAUCUGCCUUACAAUUUUUUUUUUAUAAAACCUUUUGCAUCGACGUCUUUCGUUUGAAAAACUAAAAAAUGUAACAAGUAAUUCCUUAUCUAUUUACAAUUAGUUUUAUCGUUUCAACAUUCCAUUCAAAGAUUGUCCUAUUCAGGGAGUCCUUUACUUGCGACCAGACGUAACUUCUUUGUAGUUAGAACGUGUUCAGUAAUUUUAUGUUAAGUAUAUCGCUAAGGAUAGCGAUCAUAAGAAACCUGUAUUCUACUCACCUUAUUCCUGCUCGGUGCUUUUUUAAACCUUUUUUUAUUUUCAAGCAGAACAUUUUUAUUCUGUGAACAUGUAAACCUAUGUUUCACUGUAAAAAAAACCUCAUGUCUUAUCUACCUUGCUGUAAUAAUAGAAAACCCAUAUUUAAAAAAAAAGAGCUAAUAUGGAUUAUUUUAUUAAAUAAUAUCCAUAAAUCGAGCAUCGGUCUGAGUGUGUUUUGUUGAAAUAACCUAUUUGUAUAAGAUACCGGCUGGCCAUUUGGUUUAGAUUUAGAAACACUAGGGUUUGCAAGAUGCUUGUCAAUUCUUAUUUCUGGCUUUUAGUCCCUGUUGCAUCCUCACUACAUUGAGAGGAGCCCGGGGUAUGCCUUUGACAGGUUUUUACACGAAGCGACUCCCAUGGCCAUGAUGCAUGGCCGAGGUGGGAUCGGAACCUGUGCCUUUCUGCGCAUCACGCAAUUUAAGCAGGCACCUUACCUAUUCGACCACCGACGUUCUGUCAAUUAUACGUGUGUAAAAGAAUCUACAUAUCUUAAUAUGUAUCUCGUGCAUCAUAUCACUAAAAUAUUACAGAUGAUUGCCAAUUUUUUUUUUAAAGCCUUGUAUCGCAAUAAUAUUUACCAUUAACUUGUAUAUAUUUAAUUACAAUUGUGUAAGUAAUGUUUACUUUAAGUGUAGUGAUUUACAUUUUUCAUAAAAUUAUACAAAUGAAGAGCAAAAUAAAAUCAAAAUGCCUUAUUAGAUAAAGACAAUAUUUAAAAAAAUUAUGAAAAAUCAUUAAAAAAUAUUUUUAUGUAUACAGAUUUAUAUAUUAAUUUUUGUAUUAGAUGCAAAGGGAUUAUUUCUUAAAAAGAUUGCUUUAAUAUUUUGCUCGUAUAUUUACAUUGGAAAUUCAGAUAUUAUAUUGUGUAUACUUGAAAAGUAUGAACUUGCUCUAAGAUUUAACAAAAUAUGUACAAAAUUGCCCGUCCAAAAAUUGCCGCUGAAAUGAAAUAGGUAUUUAAAUAAACUUUAUUUAAACUGAGCAAAUUGAAUACUUACAAAAUGUGUAAACAUGUUACUUAAGUAGUUUCCGUCCAAAAUUAACCAAUGACUGAUUUUUUUUUUACUUUUGUAUGUAUUGUGUGUAAUAUUUUGUCUUAACUUGUUACAAAUGUAGCAUUAAUGUAGGAGAGUGUGAAAUCUCAUUAUUGACUCUUCAUAGAUU